CGCCGACCCGCCGCCCCCGCCGCCGCGCAUCGACUUCAGCAUGCCCAUCACAACCACCUACCUCAAGCACAUGCGCUCGCUCGGCUACAGCGACGAGGACGCCCUCCGGAUCGACGUCGACUGUUUGGAUGGCGCCGCGAGCGAGAAGACUGGCGACUCGGUGGAUGAGCCAAUCACUGAGUGUAACGUUACGCCCGACCUCGUAGACGAGGGGGACCCAGCAAAGGAGGCGCUCCAAGCCCGAACCUCGGAUAGCAAUAGUUACAGCUCCACUCCUGAGAGAGAGACCAUGGAAAGCUCUGAAAACAAAGCAAUUAACGACGUCGACCACGCCAGAGACGAGCUCCUUGCCCUUCUACGGUCAGUGAAUCAAAAUUAUACGAAGCGCGAUCACCUAUCAUCAUUCGGAGAGUAUGUUUCUGAAAAACUUAGAAGCCUCAGCAGUACACAUCUUCAGUCUGUAGCACAAAUGCGCAUCCAGCAAGUCUUUUUCGAUUUGGAAAUGGAAUCGCAGACCCAGCACCUUAUGUCUGGUCUCCUGACGUCUCCACCUUAUUUCUCAUCACCAAUCGCUAGAAACUCCUUGUUUUCCGCAGACCCAUGUUCUGCAGGAACUGCUUCACCUUGUGCUUCUCGAAUUUCUACUCAGAGAGCAUCAUGCUUUGCCAGCGAGUCGAAUUCACCACAGCAGCAGCAAAUUGGUCACAUGUUCCAGCCGCUAUCUAACGCCUCACUGUACCAGCUCCGCAAGUGAAACAAGAUUACGCACUAAAUUUUAAAGUGAAGGACAUUGAAGUGCCUGAUUAGUUUAUUUUCAGUGACAUUUGCUUUUAUUAUAAGAUAACUGU